GGUCACAGCCGGUGGAGGCGUGUCAAAGGCACCGACAGACCCCUGGAGAAGCUGAGCAGAGCAGGUGGACUCCUGAGAUAGACCAGGGCCUCCAGGCAGCCACGGGCCUGUCAGACCAGGACGCUUGCCCUCUAGACAUGGCCUCGGGCCUCGGCAAACCCCAGCCCCAUGGCCCUGUGAGGUUACAGACAGCCUAAACGCCACCACCACAGGGCCUGUGCCAUGCCCCUGACCCGGGCACAGAAGGCCACUGGCCCAGAGGCCGGGGAGACGGUGCCCCCAGCAGUGGACCUGGUGUUGGGUGCCUCGGCCUGCUGCCUGGCCUGUGUCUUCACCAACCCCCUGGAGGUGGUGAAGACGCGGCUGCAAUUGCAGGGGGAGCUGCAAGCCCGGGGCACCUACCCACGGCCCUACCGGGGCUUCAUGGCCUCUGUGGCUGCCGUGGCCCGAGCAGACGGGCUGUGGGGCCUGCAGAAGGGGCUGGCUGCCGGCCUGCUGUACCAAGGCCUCAUGAACAGCGUCCGUUUCUACUGCUACAGCCUGGCAUGCCAGGCUGGCCUCACGCAGCAGCCAGGUGGCAUUGUGGUUGCGGGAGCCGUGGCAGGGGCCCUAGGAGCCUUCGUGGGGAGCCCUGCUUACCUGAUCAAAACACAGCUGCAAGCCCAGACAGUGGCUGAGAUGGCCGUGGGACACCAGCACAAUCACCAGACCCUCCUGGGUGCCUUGGAGACGAUCUGGCGGCAGCAGGGUCUGGUCGGGCUGUGGCAGGGCGUGGGUGGGGCUGUGCCCCGAGUCAUGGUGGGCUCAGCUGCCCAGCUGGCCACCUUCGCCUCUGCCAAGGCCUGGGUGCAGGAACAACAGUGGCUCCCGGCAGACAGCUGGCUGGUGGCCCUGGCUGGGGGCAUGAUCAGCAGCAUAGCCGUGGUUGUCGUCAUGACCCCCUUCGAUGUGGCCAGCACGCGGCUAUACAAUCAGCCAGUGGACAGAGCUGGCAGGGGCCAGCUGUAUGGGGGCCUCACCAACUGCAUGGUGAAGAUCUGGCAGCAGGAGGGCCCCCUGGCACUCUACAAAGGCCUGGGCCCCGCCUACCUGCGCCUGGGCCCCCACACCAUCCUCAGCAUGCUCUUCUGGGACGAGCUUCGGAAACUGGCUGGGCGGGCCCAGCACCAGGGCACCUAGGCGGCGGCCCUCAUCCCCACGUCCUGACAUGGCCCGGCACUUGGCCAGAAGUGAGGGCCUGCCCUGGCACGACCGGCUGUCCCAUGAGGGACCACAGGCCCAGGCCCUGCCACAGACCCCAGGAGAGUGUGGAACAGCUCUGGCACCCAGCCCAUGGCCCACCCAGGGCCAGAACAUCCACUUCAAGUUACCACCCAUUCUGUCUUCCAGAGAGUUCUCUUCCUUCUCUGCACUGGGUCUCCGCAUCCCAGAGCCUUACUCAGUCAUAACAACUGCUGCAGGCAUGCACACAGCAUGGGCCCAGGGACUUACAUCCAUCAGCUCACUCAGGCCUCAGACAGCAGCUCAAGGCAGACAUUUUGCCCUCUUUUACCAUCAGAAAGCAGAGGCUGAGAGCAGUGAUGUGGCUUUGACCACAGCCACACAACUUUGAAGUACAGAGCCAGGACUGGAACUUAGCCCUGCUUACCCCAGACCUAUGCACUUGACAAGUGUGUGACUGUGCCAGGCCUGUGGGCCGGGACUGCCCUGAGGGAUCACUGUGUAUAGCAAGAGCUGGGGUGUACCCGGAGGCUGCGCUGUUGUCACCUGCCUCAUUUGCUGGGGCAGCCGUAACAAAGAACCACAGACUGGGCGACGUAGACUAGAGAAAUCUAUUUUCUCACAGUUCUGGAGGCUGGAUGCUCGAGACCAAGGUAUCAGCGGGCUGGUUUCAUCUGAGGCCUCUCCCCAUGGCUUGCAGAUGCCGCAUUCUCCCUGUGUCUGCACGUGGUGGUCCCUUGUGUGGGUGUGAGUCCGGGUCCUGAUCUCCUCCUAUUUU